UUUAUGCUAUAUUUAUUUGGUGUGUGUCUGUUUCAGUUUCCCCUCUUACUUAUAAGGGUACUCACUUUUUUCUUCUUUUUUAUCUCUACACAGUAGCUUUAAUGUGAUACCGUCAAGAUUUCAGAUUCCCUUCACCUAAUUUCCCAUGUCACCUACUCCACCUUGUCGAGCUGCUCAAAACAAUGAGUCAUUUCAGAACUGAAACAAACCCCCUUGUCUCUGAGUCUGAUCAGCUCCUGUGUCACUCAGUCCAAACUGAUUUAUUAUGGAGGUGCUUAGCUGAAAGGCUUUCUUCCAGAGUGAUGUGCAGUGACUGUGCAGGUAAAUCUUGCUCCUUUAUCUUUCUAAAAGCACACUGGUUGCCGCCGUGAUGAAACACAUCUCCAGUAUAGGAUGAAACAUCUCUCCACCUGGAUUCCUCCUUUCCUCUUCCGUAGGUAUCCCCUUAAUUCUGCCUCAAAAUGGAUGACGGUUGUGUUUUUUCUGCUUGCCCAUGUUGAGCUGGGAGAUUAGAGCAAUCAGAUUAGGAGUGCUGCUGACCUGCAGGCAGAGGAGAGGGAGUGGGCAGCUAGAAGGCACACGGAUCUCUUACCUUGCUUAAUUUUUUCCCAAUACUUCAGCUUGUCGGUGAACCUGUUUCUCUAGAUGUCGUUCUACUUUUCUAUCAUUCCAUAACAGGUUUAUUAAAGUCUGAUGACCCCUUCCAGGGGUUGAGCUGCAGAGCAAUGAAGACUGGCUCUCAAGUCAGCCUGUUACUGUGGAAAAACUGGACUCUUCGAAAGAGACAGAAGAUCCGCUUCCUGGUGGAGAUCUUCUGGCCAGUGUUGCUAUUCAUUGGUUUGGUGUGGCUGAGGAAAGCCAAUCCACUGUACCAACAACAUGAGUGUCAUUUCCCCAACAAGGCGCUGCCCUCUACAGGGAUUCUCCCUUGGAUUCAGGGCAUCUUCUGCAACGUCAACAAUCCCUGCUUUAGAUAUCCAACCCGAGGAGAAUCCCCAGGCGUUGUUUCCAAUUAUAAUAACUCGGUAUUGGCGCGAUUCUACACCAACAUCCAAAAGCUUCUGCUCAAUGACACGGAGGUCCAACAGCUUGGCAGGCUUUGGCAUGAAAUGUCAUCAUUCUCAAACUUCAUGGAAACUUUACGCAACAAUCCGUCUGCAGUCUCAGGUCGCGGGCUGAAGGUGGAUGAUAUUUUGAAGGAUGAUGAAGUUCUCACAGCCUUCCUGUUAAGAGAUGCCGGGCUCUCGGAGUCUAUAGUUUAUCAACUUGUCAAUGCACAAAUACGACUUGAACAGUUUGCAUUUGGAGUCCCAGACCUGCAGCUGAAAGACAUAGCAUGUAGUCAGGCCCUCUUGGAGCGUUUCCUGUUCUUCCCCACUCGCAUGGGACUGCAUGGGGUCCGCAAUGCUAUGUGUGCCCUGAGCCAGCAAAGGCUCCAGAGGAUAGAGGAUGUCCUGUAUGCUAAUCUGGACUUCUUCAAGAUCUUUAAGCUGAUGCCUCAGGUUUUGGACAGAAGCUCCGUGGGCAUUGAUCUGCAUUUCUGGGGCCAGGCUUUUAAGGCAACAUCAGCGAAGAUCCAAGAUAUGAUGGAGCAGGAGAGCUCUCAGGAGCUCAUGAAAGCAGUGUCCUCCCUGUUCCAAACUGGGGGUCCUUCCUCUUUCACCCAGUUGAUGUCCAGCGUGUCAAGUCUCUUCUGUGGAUAUCCUGAGGGUGGGGGCUCUAGGGUCCUGUCUUUCAACUGGUAUGAAGACAACAAUUAUAAGGUGUUUCUGGGGGUCAAUGGCUCCAAAAACCACAACUAUGCCUAUGAUGAUACUACCACUCCCUUCUGCAAUGCCCUGAUGCAGACCCUGGAGUCCAACCCUGUCACGAAAAUUGUGUGGAAUUCAGUCAAGCCCCUGCUGAUGGGAAAGAUCCUUUACACCCCCGACUCCCCCGCAGCCCGCAAGAUAUUAAAGAGUGCCAACACAACCUUUGAGGAGCUAGAGAGGCUCCAAAAUAUGGCCAAGGCCUGGGAAGAGGUGGGACCUCAACUCUGGGCUUUCUUGCAAAACAGCGUUCAGAUGAACAUGAUCAGGGAUACACUGAGGAACCCAACGGUGAUGCAUUUCAUGGACAACAGUCUGGUGGGAACUGAAUUUACCACAAAAGACAUUCUCAACUUCCUCUAUAAUGGACCAGAGCGAGAGCGAGAGGCGGGCAUGCCAAACUUUGACUGGAGGAACAUUUUUAACAUCACCGACCAGCUCAUACACAUGUUCAACCAGUAUGGAGAGUGCGUUAGUCUAGAUAAGUUUGUGGCCUACACAGAUGAGUCCCAGAUGAUCCACGAGGCUUUGCACCUGCUGGAGGAGAACAAGUUCUGGGCUGGCGUGGUCUUCAUGGACCUGUAUCCCUGGACCACAAGUGUUCCGCCGCAUGUCAAGUACAAGAUCCGCAUGGAUAUUGAUGCGGUGGAGCGUACCAACAAGAUCAAAGACAGGUACUGGGAUCCUGGUCCUAGAGCGGACCCCAUGGAGGACCAGAGAUACAUCUGGGGAGGUUUUGCUUACCUGCAGGAUAUGAUUGAACACGGCAUCAUUAAAAUUCACACAGGCAACGACUGGCCACUCGGGGUCUAUGUCCAGCAGAUGCCAUAUCCAUGCUACGUAGAUGACCUCUUCAUGAUCACACUGAACCGCUGCUUCCCAAUAUUCAUGGUGCUGGCCUGGAUCUACUCUGUGUCCAUGACAGUGAAGAGCAUCGUGCUGGAAAAGGAGCUCCGUCUUAAAGAGACCCUCAAAGCCAUGGGGGUCAGCAAUGGAGUCAUUUGGUACACGUGGUUCAUCGACAGUUUCCUCAUGAUGACUGCGAGCACAGUACUGCUGACCUCUAUUGUCAUGGGUGGCAAAGUGUUGCAUUACAGCGACCCGAUCCUUGUCUUCUUCUUUCUGAUGACUUUCACUCUGGCCACCAUCAUGCAGUGUUUUCUGAUGAGCGUGUUCUUCAACAAGGCCAACCUGGCAGCAGCCUGCAGUGGCAUCAUUUAUUUCACCCUCUACCUACCUCACAUCCUGUGCUUUGCCUGGCAAGACCGCAUCACCAAGAGCAUGAAACUGGCUGCAAGCUUGUUGUCACCUGUGGCCUUUGGCUUCGGGACAGAGUACCUGUCACGGUAUGAGGAGCAGGGUUUGGGCCUGCAGUGGAACAACAUUAAGACCAGCCCCUUGGAGAAAGACACUUACUCCUUUCUCACCUCCAUCCUCAUGAUGAUUUUUGAUGCUGUCCUCUAUGGUAUCCUGGCCUGGUAUCUGGAUAAUGUUUUCCCAGGACAGUAUGGCAUUGGUCGGCCAUUCUACUUCCCGUUCCAGCCCUCCUACUGGCAAAGACCUAAACCCUCACACACAGAAACGGCAGACAGAGUUCCUGAGAAACCUGAACCAGAGAACCAAGAGAAGGAUAUCGAGAGCACACCAGAGACAAACACCUGUAACGGCUCAGCCAGCAGGAAAAUCUGCAAGCACCAAAGUAAGAGGGAGCAGCGGGAGAGACAGAGGGAACUGCUGAAACAGCAAGAAGAAGCGCCAAACCAGGAGGACGGCCAGGACUCGGGAAAUGAAGACCAGUCGUUCUUUGAGCCUGACCCAGUAGGCCUUGUGAUGGGGGUGCAAAUUCAGGAUCUGGUGAAAGUCUUUGAUGGAAGCUCUCGUCCAGCUGUCAACUGCCUCAACAUUAAUUUCUAUGAUGGGCAGAUCACAUCCUUCCUGGGGCACAAUGGGGCUGGAAAAACCACGACAAUGUCCAUCCUGACCGGCCUCUAUCCUCCCACAUCUGGCACAGCCUAUAUUAACGGGAGAGACAUUAGAACUGACAUAGACAUUAUCCGCACGUCAAUGGGGAUGUGUCCUCAACACAACAUCCUCUUUAACCAUCUUACAGUAGAAGAGCACAUCUUGUUCUAUUCACUGCUGAAAGGUCGGACCCAGGCGGAGGCAGAAAGGGAGGUCGAGGACAUGCUUGUGGACCUUGGGCUGCCUCACAAGAGAGAUGAUGAGGCUCAGAACCUCUCAGGCGGCAUGCAGAGGAAAUUGUCGGUGGCUAUGGCGUUUGUCGGAGGGUCAAAGGUCGUCAUCUUAGACGAGCCCACCUCAGGAGUGGACCCCUACUCCAGACGAUCCAUUUGGGACCUCUUACUGAAAUACAGAACUGGCCGCACUGUGAUCCUGUCCACUCAUCACAUGGAUGAGGCCGACCUGUUGAGCGACCGCAUCGCCAUCAUCUCCAAAGGGCAGCUGCACUGCUGCGGGUCCCCCCUAUUCCUCAAAAACUGUUUUGGAGUUGGUUUCUAUUUGACGCUUGUACGGAGGAUAAAGGACCUCAGGAAGAAGGAGAAUAACUGCGACUGUGCCUCAGACUGCUCGUGUUCCUGUUCCAUCUGCACCAGAUAUAAAGAUGAGUCUCAGAAUCAGUUUCAGCACCUAGACAGAGUUUUGGAUGGGGAUAUAGACAGCAUCACAAGUCUUAUCCACCACCAUGUCCCCGAGGCCAGGCUGAUUGAGAUGAUUGGACAGGAGUUGACCUAUUUGCUCCCCAGUAAAGGGUUUAAACAUCGGGCCUAUGCUAGCCUGUUUAGGGAGCUGGAGGAGACACUUGCUGAUAUGGGUCUAAGCAGCUUUGGCAUCUCUGAUACAUCACUAGAGGAGAUAUUCAUAAAGGUCACUGCAGACGGAGAAGCUGCGAAUAAUGCCACCACUCCUGAACAUAAUGGAGUGAACCCCACCAACCAGUCAUCGGACAGCAGUGCAGGAAAGGGCUCCAGGCAGGUGAAAGGUGGAUUUCUGAUCCUGAAACAGUUCCAUGCUCUGCUGGUAAAGAGGUUCCACCAUGCCACACGAAGCCAGAAAGACUUUUUGGCACAGAUCGUCCUUCCUGCCAGUUUUGUCUUGAUAGCACUGAUCUUCACCAUGAUUGUCCCUCCUUUUGGAGAAUAUCCCAGUCUCACUCUGAGCCCCUGGAUGUACGGACAGCAGUUCACCUUCUUCAGCAAUGAGAGGCCAUAUGACCCCAAAAUGAAACACUUUAUAGAGCGCUUGCUAAAGCCACCAGGCCUGGGCACGCGAUGCAUGGAAGGAGAACCCCUAGGAGUUCCCUGCAGUAACAGGACCCCAGAGUGGGAGUAUCCUGAUGUCUCCCCAGCGGUUAGCAACAUCUUACAAAGUCCUGCAUGGAACCAGAGAAACCCAUCACCUUCCUGCCAGUGCAGCACAAGUAACAAACUGACCAUGAUGCCCAUCUGUCCAGAUGGUGCAGGAGGUCUGCCCCCUCGCCAGCGACUGGAGCCAACGGAAGACACAAUGCUGGAUCUGACUGACAGGAACAUCUCUGACUACUUGGUCAAAACCUACCCCAGUCUUAUUAGAACUAGUUUGAAGAGCAAGUACUGGGUGAAUGAACAAAGAUAUGGAGGUUUGUCAGUUGGAGGGCAACUCCCCAUCCUGGAUGUGGACCCUAAAGACAUCCGGAACGUUUUUCAUCAGCUGGGACGGAUGCUCAACAUCACUGGGGGUUACUAUAGCAGACUUGCCCUGAGGGACAUUGGCACUUUCUUACGAUAUAUGGAAAGUGAAUUCAAUAUAAAGGUGUGGUAUAAUAACAAAGGCUGGCAUGCCAUGGUGGCCUUCAUCAAUGUGGCUAAUAAUGCUAUUCUGCGAGCCUUCCUACCCACAAAUGCCAACCCUGUAGAGUUCGGGAUCACUGCCAUCAACCACCCACUAAACCUCACUAAAGAGCAGCUUUCUGAAGUCACUGUGCUGACCACUUCAGUCGAUGCCGUGGUGGCAAUCUGUGUUAUUUUCGCCAUGUCCUUCAUCCCUGCUAGCUUCGUCCUCUACCUCAUACAGGAGCGCGUGACCAAAGCCAAGCACCUGCAGUUCGUCAGUGGGGUCAGCCCUGUAGUUUACUGGGUGUCCAACUUCUUUUGGGACAUGAUGAACUACACUCUCAGCUCUGCAAUGGUAGUUGGCAUUUUCAUGGCUUUUGACAAAAAGUGUUACACAUCACCAUCCAACCUGCCAGCACUAAUAGCACUCCUUUUGCUCUAUGGGUGGUCAGUGACACCCAUGAUGUAUCCCUUGUCCUAUAUAUUCAACAUCCCGAGUACAGCAUAUGUGUCUCUGUCCUGCAUCAACCUGUUCAUAGGCAUCAACAGCAGUGCCAUCACUUUCAUCCUGGAGCUGUUUGAAAACAAUCGGUCUUUGCUCGUGUUCAAUGAGGGGCUGAAGAAAGUCCUGCUGGUGUUCCCUCACUUCUGCCUGGGACGGGGGCUGAUAGACAUGGCCAUGAACCAGGCUGUUACUGACGUGUAUGCCCGCUUUGGUGAAGAUUACACAUUGGACCCUUUCCGAUGGGACUUUGUGGGAAAAAAUAUUUCUUUCAUGGCAGUGGAAGGCUUUGUUUAUUUUAUUCUUAAUCUUCUGAUCCAGUACAGAUUCUUCCUGGACCACUGGUUGUCAGACUACAAGCAGAGUCCUGCACAAGAUGAGGAUGAUGAUGUUGCAGCAGAGAGGCAGAGGAUUUACGAUGGAGGGAACAAGGCUGACAUUCUGCAGAUCAGGGAACUCUCUAAGACGUAUGUGGGCAGGAAGAGGGCAGCUGUGGACCGGAUUUGUGUGGGAGUCCCUGCAGGAGAGUGCUUUGGUCUCUUGGGAGUAAAUGGAGCUGGGAAGACGACAACCUUCAAAAUGCUAACUGGUGACACUGAUGUCACCUCUGGAGAGGCUUCUGUGGCUGGUUACAGCAUCUUGACAGAGAUUCUGGAUGUGCACCAGAACAUGGGCUACUGCCCUCAGUUUGAUGCCAUCGAUGAGCUUCUUACUGGCAGGGAACAUCUCUACCUUUACGCUCGUCUCAGAGGGGUGCCCGAGUCAGAGAUCCCCAGAGUUGCAGAGUGGGGCAUUCAGAAGCUGGGUCUGUCAGAAUAUGCAGGCCGCUGUGCGGGGACUUACAGCGGAGGCAACAAACGCAAACUCUCCACAGCUAUUGCAAUGAUUGGUUGCCCGGCCCUGGUGCUGCUGGACGAACCCACGACAGGGAUGGAUCCCCACUCUCGACGCUUCCUGUGGAAUGCCAUCAUGAGUGUGAUUCGGGAUGGCAGGGCCGUGGUGCUAACGUCACACAGCAUGGAGGAGUGUGAGGCUCUGUGCACUCGACUGGCCAUCAUGGUCAAUGGAACCUUCAAGUGUCUGGGUACCAUUCAGCAUCUCAAAUACAAAUUUGGUGAUGGCUACGUGGUCACAAUGAAAAUCAAGCCAGCUAAAGCAGGCUUGUCCCCAGAGCUGGAGCCUGUCGAGAGCUUUAUGGAGACCAGUUUCCCUGGCUGUGUUCAGCGGGAGAAGCACUACAACACGCUGCAGUACGAGAUCGCCUCAUCCUCCCUAGCAAGGAUAUUUCAGCUGGUGGUGGCCAAUAAAGACAGGCUCAGCAUCGAAGACUACUCUGUUUCCCAGACAACACUGGAUCAGGUGUUUGUCAACUUUGCUAAGCAACAGGCCGGAGAGGACGAGGAGUUAACGCUACACAGACGAACGGCAGGUGGAAGAAAAGACAUCAAGGUCUCACCGGUUAAGAGGAAAACAUGAAAAAGUCAUGCAAAUGUAGAGGCGUUACUCCGCAGGGCAGUAAUAUACUGUAAAGCCACACACCGAAAUUCAACAACUUUAAAUGUUUUGCUAGCCAGCUGUUUUUUUUUUUAGAGUAGAGGUGAAUGUGACCAGCUCCCUGCCAAACUGACCCGUGGAAGAGUUUGCUUCUCGAGCUACAAUCAAACUUGACAAGCUCUUGUCUGCAAGUGGAGAGUCAUCUUAUAUAACUUUUAAAAAUCAAUAAUGUCUGACACAUUGCUUUGACCUGACACUUUCCGAAUUACUUUAAACUUCAAGCUAAACACAAGAUUCUUCUGGAAAAAAUUGAGUUUUUUCUGCUUAGACUGACUGGCUUGUAUAAAAGUGUACAUAUUGUAUGUUUAAUGAAUACACUAACAAAUACCCUGUUAAGCAUUAUUUUUAUUGUCUAUUAUAAUGAACACCUGUCACUUUUAUAUAUAAUAUUUAAAUGAAGACUCAUGCUAUGUAUUGUUGAACUGUCUAAAUGCAAAACAUGUUUACGAUUGAUUCUGUUCUUGUCAGUAUUUUUUUGUUGUAAUUUUAUUACUAUUUUCUGCUGUCUUUUACAUCUACGUGCUUUGUCAAAUAGCACAAUGUUUUCCUCUUGGAAAAAAAAAACGUAUAAAGAAGCAUAGCAAGGCUGAAGAGGGAAUCUAUUUUGCAACUGACAUCUGUUUAACAUGCUUUCCACAUGCUCUGUGCAGUCCCUUCUAGCUGAUUCGCACUUCCAUCAGUCACAAAUAAAGGAGUUUCAUGAGCUAUA